GGAGCAAAUAUCGCGAGAAACCUCGAGAGUUAGCGCAGUGUGUCCUCCGCAGCAUCCCCAUCACCUUCCGCUCUACCUCCUGCUUCUGCCAGCACGUUCAGCAUAUCGUGUUUGUAAUACACCGAGUUUAAGGAUCAUCGCCAUGGCUGAUGCUACACUUUCUUUUGCUAAAGACUUUUUGGCCGGUGGUGUCGCAGCGGCUAUUUCCAAAACCGCAGUCGCACCGAUAGAGAGAGUCAAACUGCUGCUGCAGGUACAGCAUGCCAGCAAGCAGAUCAGUGCAGAUAAACAGUACAAAGGUAUUAUCGACUGUAUUGUGAGGAUUCCUAGGGAGCAAGGCUUUGCUUCCUUUUGGCGCGGAAACCUAGCCAACGUCAUUCGCUAUUUCCCCACACAAGCCCUCAACUUUGCCUUCAAGGACAAGUACAAACAGAUAUUCUUGGGUGGCAUUGAUAAGCACACGCAGUUCUGGCGAUACUUCGCCGGCAACUUGGCCUCUGGUGGAGCUGCAGGAGCCACUUCCCUCUGCUUUGUCUACCCCCUGGAUUUUGCUCGUACCCGCUUGGCUGCAGAUGUUGGCAAAGCUGGCAGCAGCAGCAGAGAGUUCACUGGGCUGGCUGACUGCCUGGCCAAAAUCUUUAGGUCAGAUGGGUUGCGGGGUCUGUACCAGGGCUUCAACGUCUCUGUCCAGGGCAUCAUUAUUUACAGGGCCUCCUACUUCGGAGUCUAUGACACUGCUAAAGGCAUGCUUCCCGACCCUAAGAACACCCACAUUAUGGUCAGCUGGAUGAUUGCACAAACUGUGACGGCAGUGGCUGGCGUGGUGUCCUAUCCAUUUGACACUGUGCGGCGUCGCAUGAUGAUGCAGUCUGGGCGCAAAGGAGCGGAUAUUAUGUAUACUGGAACCCUUGACUGCUGGAGAAAGAUUGCUCGUGAUGAGGGUGCAAAAGCGUUCUUCAAAGGGGCUCUCUCUAAUGUAUUCAGAGGAAUGGGGGGCGCUUUUGUGCUCGUGCUUUAUGAUGAAUUCAAGAAGUUUGUUUAAACAAUGUACUAAAUGUACUAAAAGAUGUACUAACUAUGUACUAACAAUGUACUCAAAGAUAAUAGAAUAGCUUUUACCACACAGCUUUGUCAAGCUUUAACCAAACCCUCUCCACUCCGCACAAAUGUGGUCUUGGUAAAAUUGUGUUAGAUGCCAAAAGCAAUUAAUAAUUUUCACUAAUUUUGUUUGUGGCUAUAUUUUAUGUGUAGAAAAUGCUCUGUCAUUUUAUGAUAAAUAACCCUUAUUUUAUCC